AUGCGUAAAAAGUCAACAACAUUAUCUCCAUUAAAACGACCGUCUACUCGUUCAUUAUCAAUAAAUAAACAUCAAACAUCCUCCUCAGAUAAAUAUACAUUUCAAUCCGACGACGACGAAGAUCAUAACAAAAAAUCAACGGUGUUUAUACGUAAAAACAUAACACCAACACCAACACCAAUAAAACGUUCUCGUGGUCGACCACCUAAAACUCCUAAAAUUGAAGAUAUUUCAAAACGUAUAUCAAUAUCAUCAUCAAAUAUUGAAAGUGAUAGUGAUAUAGAAGAAAAUUCUUUAAUAACAAAACGAAAAUAUUCAAAUAAAUAUUCAUACGAAAAACCAGUUACACGUCGUUCAUCACGUCUUAUAUCUCAAACAAAUACACCAAUAAUAAGUGAAAAAUUUUCUACACCAAAAAAACGUGGACGUAAACCAAAAAUGUUAAAUAUAAAUGAUAAUAAUAAUGAACAAGAUAAAUCUAAACAACAAAUUGAAACAGAAAAUAUCAUUCCAUCACAAUCAAUAAAACGUCGUUAUAUAAAAAAGAAAACUUUAUCAACAGAUACAAAUCCUAAAAUUGAUCUUAAUGAAUAUGAUGAAGAUAAUAAUAAUAAUAAUAAUAAUAAUCAAAAACUUUCAACUAUUGAUGAAAAAGAUCUUAUGCAAUUUGGUUCACCACAACAUCAAAUUCAAGUACAACAACAACAACAACAACAACAUCAAUCUGAUGAUGAUUUUAGUGAUGACUCAGUUGAAUUUGUUUGGAAAGGUUCAAGUAAAAUGUCAAUUGAAAUUCUUAAACGUCGUAUACCUAAAGAAGAACCACGAGAUUCAUCAUCAAAUCAAAUUGAUCCAACAGCACAACGUAAACGUGCUAUUAUUCCACGUUUAACUAAUUUUGAUGCUUUAUCUGGUCAACCAAUUGAUAAUACAUCAAUAUCAAGAAAACAUGAUAAUAUUGAACAAAAUCUACAAAAAAAAUCAACAUCUGUUAUUACAUUAAAUAAUGUUUUUCAAAAUGAUUUUGUUCCAUCAUAUAAUGAUACAGGUACAAAAAUGACAACAACAACAACAACAACAACAGAAGAUAAACCUCGCCCUCGUAUUUAUGCUGUUAAAAGUACAACAAUGAAAUCACGUCCACAACAACAACAACAGCAACAACAACAACAACAACAUCAACAACAACAACAGCAACCAGAAAUUAAACGACCUAAAUGGAUGAAUGAUCAACAAGAAAAAUCUGAAGAAGAUGAUGAUGAUGAUAAUAAUAAUUUACCACCAGCUGGUGAAGAACCACAUGAUUAUGAUUAUAUACCAAAAGGACAAUAUAUGCCAAAACGUCCAAAUUAUCGUGGACGUGGUACAUAUUCAGGACGACGUGGUACAGGUAUGCGUGGACGACCACCUGGUUCACGUCGACAAUGGCAUGAUGAUGAUGAUGAUGAUGAUUAUGAUCAAUAUGAAGAAAUUAAUUCAAGAUAUGGACCACGAAAACAAACAACAUAUCGAUCUACACGACCUAUGUAUGAUAUGGGUGGUGGUGUUGAUGAUGAUGAUUAUGAUAGAAAUCGUCGAAUGAGUUUAACACAAUCUUAUCGUCGAAAUAAUAUUGUUCGUCCACCAUUAUCAUCCAUGAGUGGUCAACGUCGUAUUGCAAUUAAUAAUGGUAAUCAUCCAAUAUAUAAACCAUACAAAUCAUCGAGUUAUCGUCCGACACCAGCUACAUUGGGUUUAUCGACGUCAAGUCGUCGUACGAGUAGUACUAGUCGAAGUCCUGUCAGUACAAUCUCCAAAUCUCAUCAUCAUUUAUCAUCAACAAUUUCCAAACAUUAUUCGGAUGAUGAUUAUUAUCAUCAACAAACACGUCCGACAACAAUAAAUAAUACAAAAAUGAAUGAUACACAAUUAAAUGAUGUUUCAAAUCAAUCACAAAUAUUUUUUGUUAAUAUGCCACAACAAGAACAAAAAAAUCAACAACAACAAGUUCUCUCAGUUUUAACAUCAGAUCAACAACAACAGGUUCUUCCUGUAACUGUUGUACAACAAGUUAAAUUACCUGUUGAUGCACCUAAACAAAAAAAAAUUCUCCCUAAACCAUCAUCAACAAAUCAACAAAUAAAUACAUCCAAUGAACAAUCUUCAAUAAAUAAUAAUAAACCAUUUUCAUGGUCACGUCCACCAGGUCGUCUACAAUCAAAUCAUAAUGAACAAAUAAUAAAUAAAAAUAUUGGUUCAACAUCAAUUAAUACAGAUUUAGAUACAAUGGAAGCAGCACAUGUUUUAGCAACAGCAGCUGAUGUAACAAUGGCUGCUGAUGCACGUCGUAAAGCUCAACAACAUGAUGAUGAUAUGACAAUGAUGGUUGAUGAAACACCAUCAAAUAUAGCUGGUGAAGAAACAAUACAAUGUGAUGAUAAUACAAUUAAAACAAUUAAUCAACAACAACAACAACUUGGAACAAUAACAGCAAAUAUAAUUGAUGAAAAUGGUGUUGAACAUACAGUUUUAUUAUCAACUGAAGAAGCACAACAAUUACUUGGUUCACAAGGUGCUAUUAUUGUUGAUAGUGAUGGUCAACCAAUAUCAAUUCAACAAGCACAACCUCAAACAUUUGUUUCACCAUUUGCACUUGAUCAAGCUCAAUUACAAGCAUUACUUGUUCAAGCUGGUAUUGAUCCAAAUACACCAUUAACUAUUGAACAAGUUGAUCCAAAUCAACAACAACAAAUAGCAACAUUAUGUACAUCACCAGGUGGUACACAAUAUACUGUUUUUACACAAGGUUCAACACAACAACAAUUUAUAUUACAAACAACAAAUGAACCAACAUUAUCUUCAUUACCAAUUCAAACACAAACAAUAAUACCAAAAGAAGAUAUAUCAAUAUCACCACCAACAAAACGUCGUGCAUUUGCUGUUAAAUCAACAAUUCGUUCAGAAACAUUUGAUGAUUUAAAUGAAAGACCACGACGUAAAAUAUUUGCAACAAAAUCAACAAUUCCAUCAAUGAAUGAUGAAAUUCAUGAUGAUCAAGAAGGUUUUAUUGGUACACGAGCAUAUCAUCGAAAUCCAGGUCGAAAAUAA